GAGUGUUGUUGUUGUUGUGUGAAGGGAGCGUGAUGAUAAGGCCCCGUGAUGGCGGCCGCCAGGUACCUGUGUAUAUCCUGCCUGGCGCCCGCCCCUGCCAUCCUCAAGACCACUGAUGGUACCUUUAUUAAGCUCCUCGAAUGUUCUUCGUGUGGGAAGAUAAUUGACCGGUAUGUGGAGUGUGAGAAGAGUAUUAUCUUUAUGGAUAUGAUGCUGCAAGAGAUCACUGUGUACAGACAUAUUCUCUACAAUGCAAACAACUUUACAGCACAGUUCUACAUGAAGCUGGCGGUGUCUCUAGUGUUAAGUGAAGGAUACGUCAGAUGGACCAACUUUGCACAAAGCCUCCCACCUGGAAACGGAAUACAAAAUAAUGAAGUAUACUUGUAUAUAAUGUGUACAUUAACUACUAUUGAAAUUGGAAUAUUUGGCCUAGUAAUUGCACUUUAUUCUUGGCUAAGAUUGUCCUACAGAAGAUGGUUGCCACUUUAUAAUGGGCUGCUACUAGGCCAGUGUGGGCGACUAGCAAACAUUGCAGCAAUUAUAUGGUAUCAUGGCUCAAGUGUUUGCUUCCAAGUACUCAUGCUAGCAUUCAUUUUGAUCUCCAGUAUCCAGAGUACCAGAGCCGCACUUCACAUAGGAAGAGUAGAGUGUACUGUGCUUGUGUUGACAGCCUUCACCAGCAGCCUGUAUGCUUCCCGUACUCUCCAGCCGUUAAUGAUUACAACAUAUCAACAAUAUCUUACUUAAUUUUCUUGUACUUUAUUUUGUUUGUACCUGAGAAUAAAAAAACAAAAAAUUAUGA